GUAAUAUUUUCACAUAUAGAUAUACAUAUAUUUUUAUACUGUUUCCAGAAUCACCCCAGAAUCACCUCAUGGAUAUAUAUUCUUAUCGAAAACAACCCUACAAAGCCGGUUUAGCCAAUCUGACUACAGCAUCUACUGAUAUGUUACCACCUCUUUAUAUGAAAAAGAAACGCGAGCCAACACUACAGAAACAGCAACAACAACAAGAACAACAAUUACGGUCUCUUCCUACACCAAUAGAAAGUCAUCAAGAUCGUUACAAGAUGCAUACCGAAGCAAUGGAUUUGGACUCAGAUAUCGAACUGGACAAUGCGCUUAUUCAAUCAGCUAGUAGGGUUACACGUCGUCAUCCAGUAAAGCUUCCAUUUCUAUCACCAAGUUCUUCAUCAUCAUCCAAGAAAACCAAUGGCCAUGGGAAAACAACCACUAGCAAGAUGGACCCUGUCUCCCCUUUUUAUUCAACUGUUAUUGAGCCUCCUAUGAACCUUGGACAACAAUGGCCGCCACGAUCAACCACAUUCAAAAGAGUAGUAGACGGUGAUAAAUGGCAUCCUCCUAUGAAAAAAGAAACUACUACGACUUCUUUAUUGAAACGAAUGACAGCACAAUUAUUAGAUACUUAUGGUAAUCAAAAUCCUCAAUUCAAAUAUAAAUCGGAUGCCAAACCAAAACGGAUUCUUACUAAACCAUGCAAAGAAGCUAGAAAUGAUGGUUAUGACAACGAAGAUUAUGAUUAUAUUCUCAAGGUCAAUGACAUAUUAGGCGAAGAAAAAGAAUAUCAAUAUCGAGUGAUUGACUUAUUGGGACAAGGUACAUUUGGUCAAGUUGUCAAAUGUGAAAGGGUUACUACAGGUGAACUCUUCUCUGUCAAAGUGAUUAAGAAUAAGGUGGCUUACCGAGAACAAAGUCGUAUGGAAGUUGAAAUCUUAAAACAGCUCAAAAGCAAAUUGGAUUCCAAAGCACAAAAGCAUAUUUUGACCCUUCAUCAUACUUUUACGCACAAGAAUCAUUUUUGUUUGGUAUUCGAACUAUUGUCUUUCAAUCUUUAUGAGCUUAUCAAGCAAAACCAAUUCAAGGGUCUUUCCAUCAAUCUUGUCCGUGUAUUUACUCUUCAAUUGCUGGAUACCUUGAUAUUACUCAAGGAUGCCAAGAUUAUACAUUGUGAUCUCAAGCCAGAAAACAUCUUAUUGACAAGUUUUGAUACACCUAUGAUUAAGAUUAUUGAUUUUGGAUCUGCUUGUCAUGAAGCCAACAGAAUAUAUACAUAUAUUCAAUCACGAUUUUACCGAUCUCCAGAAGUUCUAUUGGGUCUUCAAUAUACAGGUGCAAUCGACAUGUGGUCCUUGGGAUGUAUUGUUGCUGAACUCUUUAUUGGUAUUCCUCUUUUUCCUGGAAGUUCUGAAUAUAAUCAAUUACGUCGAAUUGUGGACAUGAUGGGUAUGCCUCCUCAAGAUAUGUUAGAUAAAGGAUCAAAUUCGAGUGAUUUUUUUAACAAGGAAGACAAUGGCAAUGGGAAACAUAUCUAUGUGAUGAAAAGUCUCGAACAAUAUGGAUUGGAACAUAAAAAAACUGAAUUACCUGGCAAGAAAUAUUAUCCUCAAACUGAACUACCUGAUCUCAUCCUUCAAACUAAAUCAGGUCAUCGCUCACCGGAUAAUCCUGAACAAGAUUUGGAACAUCGACAUGCUAUGAUAGAUUUUUUGCAAGGAUUGCUGGAACUCAAUCCUCUGAAACGAUGGACGCCAAAACAAGCACGAUAUCAUCCUUUUGUCACCGGUCAACCUUUUACCGAACCAUAUAAUCCGAAUAAUUUGGCAAGAAAGCAAUCAUCCAUGACCAAAAAGUCACUCAACCAUUCUACAAAAUCAACAAUAUCAGCGUUGCAUCCAGUAGAAUCCAAUGCAAACAACUCGUCAUCAUCAAUAACUUCAACCAAAGUCAUACAUCACCAAGAAAAUGCAUCAAAGGAUACCAUUCGAACAUUGGAGCAACAAGUAGCGACAAGUGGUCAUCGACGGACAGAUGCCAUUAGCAAUAUAUCAUCACAAACUCGACGACCAAGAGCACAAUCCAUGAAUGCGCCAACAGGUCCAAGUCAAAUGCACGAACUGGUCUUGGAUAUGAAAGCUCAUCCUAUUGUUGAACAUCAACCACAAUCAUCAUUCAAAGGCAAUAAACAGCAAACUUCUAAUAGUGACAUUGAUGACGCACGACUGGGAUGGUACAAGCAUCGACAAUCACGUUCCCAAGGAGAUCUCAUUGGCCUUCUUUCACCGGAAAGUUAUCAUCCAUCAUCUUCAAAAGAAAAGGAGAUCAAAGACAACAGUACCAAUGAUAUGAGCGAAUUAUUUCAAAAACACACUUUUUACAACAACAACAACAACGCAACAGAUGAUCAAGUUUUACCCCAGCCUACAACAUUACGAAAAGUGAAGAUCGCACCAAACGUCAAGAUUAGAAUUGGAUCACAAGAACCUUAUCGACACACUGAGAACGGUAGUACAAUCACUCCAGGCGAUUCAUCCUCCACUUCAUCUGGAUCAAACAUCAUUUUACAGAUCAACAACAACAACAAUCCACUUGUACGAACAAAUGGUGGCGAUUGGAUCACGGAAUCCACUCUUUCAUCACUCCAUUUACCAUCUUCCACAAGAUCCAAACCUAAAGGACGAUUCUCUCAUGAAGGUGAAGCAGCUGGUGGCCUAUUGAUGAUGCGACAAGACAAGAAUGAUCCAUUCGUCUCCUCAUCCAUAUCAAGUAGUAAACGUGUAGCAGCUGCUAUCAAACGACGUACCAUGCUUGGAAGUACUUGACCUCCCUACUUAUACAUAUAUAUGUUUUAUAUUUAUAGUUUGAUAUUUAUAUAAAAAAAAAAUAAUGAAUAAAAACGUACA